GAAGUUGCGUAUAAAAUUUUCGGUGAAAUUUCUGCUAAAAUCGCCGUGAAAUGUAAUGAUUCCAAUGCUAGUGGAGGAUGGGAACGGGAGAUGGGAGCGUUAACGAAGACCGGAAGCAAAGAUGAGACCGAUUAGGACGUAGUACGUGUUGUCUGAAACGGUCCUAUCGUUAAUUCAAUAUAUUAUAUCGGAAGAUCGAGUAAAGAAGAAUUUCUAAUCGGGAUGAGCAAGGAAGAGAGCAGCGAGGAAGGUCCUCAGGGGGGUGGUGCCGGCGAGGCAGGGAAAAAGGAUCCUAACGCGGAUCUCUAUGAAAGUCAGGGCCACAAGAAGCUCAUACGUUUUGUUACCGUGGUGGCUUACAUGUUCUCCGUGAGUUUCGUGGCUAUAGUUUUGAGCGCGUACUAUUUGUUCCUCUGGGAGCCACCUAAUCCACGACUGUUACGGAGACCUGUUCACCUGUCUGGCGAACCUGACGUGCAAUUCCUAUUGGCAGAUCCCCCUGUCCUGACGAAUCGUUCCGAACAUUCGAUAAAGAACAAUCAUACGGAAAAUAGGCUCGAAGAAACCGAUACGAACAGUCUGCCCAAGAAGCUUACCGGUCGUAUCUUACCGGACGAUGAUUUCUACAAGGACCAAACGACGAAAAGUCGCGGCAAGCUGGACGAAUCCUUGGCCCUGUUGAGAAACUCUUUGGUAGAGAUUCUGCGAAGCAGAAUGAACGAUUCGAGGCUCGAUCGGACUGCUGAGGAAAGGAACUUUUCUCGAGAAGAAAAGACGAAGAAAGGGUGGAUAGUGAUGAUGUCAGGCCUCUGA